CGGUUCCCGGCGUCACUGCCGCUUCCUCGGCGGGCGAUUCGAAGGCGAUGUCGGAGGCCGCUGCCGGUCCCUCGUCGGGCAGGCGAGACACGAUGGAGCUGUGCCCGGAGCUGGAGAACUCGCUGUCGCUGCUGGAGCCGGGCGGCGGCCGGCCCGAGCAGCAGCAGCGAGAGCGGCGGGCGGGCGCGGCCUUCAUGCCCAUGGUGUUCAUGUGCUCCGGCUGCAGGCGGCCCGUGGGCGACACCUCGAGCUGGGUUGUCAAUGACGAGGAGAGCGGCUGCAUCCUGCUGCGCAGUGCGGCCGGCAGCGUGGCCGUGGACCCGGAGCGGAAGGUCUCCAAGCUCCCCGGCGAGAGCGGAUGCGUGGUAGAAACCUUAUUCUGCUCUGGCUGCUCAAGAACACUUGGCAGCAUCUACAGGUGCACCCCAAGGCAUCUCGACUACAAGAGAGAUUUGUUCUGUUUCAGUAUUGACUCUAUUGAAAGCUAUGUUCUAGGAAACCUGGAGAAGCAAGCUGAUCUUCACGAGGAACCGCUUACUCUUGAAAGUCGAGCUGUCUUGCAAGAGGUGCUGCAGAAGGUCGAUACAAUACUGAAUGCCCUGGAGACAAGACUGACCGUGAUUGAGUCCCGUAUGGCUACUCUGCACAGGCAGGUCUGAGAGGAAAUACAUCUUGAACUGUAGGAGAAUGGCAAAUGUGAAACUUGGCCCUGUAAUCAUCUGGGAUCUGUGGGAACAUUGCAAAGGCUGUGAGAGAGCUGAAAGCCAUGGGUGGCAUGUCCUGUGGGGGAGCAGUGCUGACUGAGACUGUGUCCUAGCCAAGGAAUUCCUCUUCUAUCCUUGAAGAUGAUACACCAGGGGUUUUCUUCUUAAUAAAGGCUUCUGAUCAGUCAACUUGUAGACUUUAUUUAAAUUUUUGUCUCUGAAAGCAAAGCGUUUAUCUCCUGACUUCCCUGCUAUCCAGUAUCUACUGAACUGGGUAUGCAUUUUCCUAAGCAAAUCAAAAACCUCCCUGUGAUUCUGUAAUUUCCAGAAGAACAGCAUGAAGUCACUUUUUUUUUCUUGUCUCCAUAGCUUUAGCUUGAUUUGUGCUCAAAGGCAGGAAUGACUCAAUAAACUGUAUGUGGUGAAUUGUUAGUUUGGUGGGGGUUUGUUGCAAGUUCAGGGCUGAAAUAUGAUGAAAGGGUUUUUUUGCACCAUUAGAUAAAUGCUUUUCCAUGAGGUGUUGAAGGUAAGUUGUUUUACAUCUCCAAAGGGAGGAAACCAAACCAGGCUGAUGGCAACACUCCUUUAAGCAAGGUUUGCUAUAUAUUUGAGCAAGUAAUUCAGCAGUUUUGUUGUGUUAAUGCUGGUAUUUCAGUUGUGUUUGGUUUUCUGGGCAUUUGACUAAUUGUCAGUGCUUCUCAUACAGUAUGAGUGUUCCAUUUAGUGUUUUUCAA